GGGAGGGGGAGAACGCUGCCCAUCUUCUUUCCCUCCGAUCGAAGAUAUCCCGAUUUUCUAGGGAUUUGUGCUUAAGAAUCUAAGCGUAAUAUCUUGAAGUUGAUCGAGAUUCUUGUUUUCUUCAUGCGUGUUUCUUGAAAUUUUAUGUUAGAGAGUUCUUGAUCUUCUUCUUUUAUGGGGGAAGACCAAGGGGUUGAAGGGUUCAUCAUAUAAAAGGAGUAGAAAUGCCUGGAGACAAGAAGACAAAGACAUCUCAUCUGAUUGCUCCAAGAAUUAUGUCUGAAUCCAACAUCAAUCUUCCUAAACAAGAUAUGGGGAAACCAUCUGAACCGAUUUCAGCCAUAUCUUCUGCUGGCAAUGCCGUAUCGUCUGGAAUCCAAGGAGCAAGCGAUCAACUGUUGGCUGCCGUUCAGGGCAUUUAUUAUCCCCCAAAUACCUGCUAUGAUUAUUACUAUCAUGGAUACAACGGCCCCUUUUCACAGUCCAAUGACAAAGGUUAUUUCAAGACGUCUUCCGGUUCUUGCAUGCGCAUCCAGCCGGAUAAUGCUUCACUCCUAUACUACCUUCCAGGCUAUGCUCCAUAUACACCUGGAUUUGUGGGCGUGGAUGGAAAACAAGCCUACACAUCGCCUGGAUAUCUUCAGCAACUUCCAUGUUAUGCCUACACUGGAACUGGCUCGGCUGGUGCUGCGGCUAGAUCAGGCUCUUUGAGGCCUGUGAUAGCCCCAAGUGGCUCUGGGAAAUCGGGUGCUAUUCCUCUUAAUCCACAACGCCAACAGCAUGCUUCUCGUUCUCUGAUCAGGCCUAUCUAUCAGACUCAGUCUUUUAGUCCACUCAACAAGUUCGGUUCUGGUUCCCCGUCUUCUGGCCUAAUGACGGGAUUUCACCCUGCUGGAAAAUUCUCAUCGUUGGCAAACCAGAAUCCUGGUGUUUUCACGCGAUAUGGGCCCGUAAACGACGCUCCAAAUGAUGAAGUAUGCAACAACAACUACAGAUACAAUUCGAGAGAGGAUUUGGACAGACGUGGAGAAAUCAAGGCCGUAACAGAACUAACUCGUGGGCCGAGGGCUGACAAUGGGAACAUCUCCUCCAAGUUACCGUCCGAGGUUACUUUUGGUGUUGAAAGGGAUGAAUAUAACUUGAAAGAGUUCCGCACAGAGUAUGAUAGUGCAAAGUUCUACGUCAUCAAGUCAUAUAGCGAGGACGACAUUCACAAAUGCAUCAAAUACGACGUUUGGUCGAGCACUCUGCAUGGAAACAAGAAACUUGAUGCUGGUCUCCGCGAAGCAGAAGCUAUAACAAACCAGACAGGCAAAAAAUCUCCAGUCUUCCUGUUUUUCUCGGUUAAUGGGAGCGGACAGUUCGUGGGCGUCGCUGAGAUGACUGGAAGGGUUGAUUUCAGCACGGAUAUGGACUUCUGGCAGCUUGAUAAAUGGCAUGGCUACUUUCCUGUAAAAUGGCACAUCAUCAAAGACGUCCCCAACACAUUGUUGCGACACAUCAUCCUUGACAACAACGAAAACAGGCCCGUCACUUACAGCAGGGACACUCAGGAGAUUGGACUCCAACAAGGGCUGGAAAUGCUAAGAAUUUUCAAGAGUUACUCUGAGAAGACGUCUGUGCUCGACGACUUCAACUUCUACGAACACCGUGAGGAGGCGAUCAGAGUGAAGAGGAACACCAAACCAGCUUCUCGAACCAACCGUUCUAAAAACAGUGACUAUAAGAAGCAUUUCGAGGGCGGAGAAGGGAUGAUCAGACAACAAUUUGCCAAGAUCAACAAGUCGGAUCCUUCGUCUCUAACCAAGAACCUGUCCGUAAUUCUCAACCACACCCAUGAUGUACGUAGCAUAUAAGUACAAAGUCAAAGUGCUCCGAAGAUGCACUUUAGUUAGCACAGGAGAUUUACGUUGUCUGAACUGAAAUCUGUAGUCUUCUUUCAUGUUUCUUGGUCAUCUUUUUAGUUGGUAGAGCUGUCAGACAUUGUUCUUAUACCUCACAGAAAGGAACAGAAGUUUUAGAGUUGUGCAUAUGCAUAUACCAUGACAGUGUGUAUACAUAUGAACGAUUAUUUCAUUUGACUGAC